GUUUCCUGCAGUGCUGAACUUGGCUAGUAAUGCUCUCAUCACAACCAAUGCUACCUGUGGAGAAAAGGGGCGGGAAAUGUACUGCAAACUCGUUGAGCAUGUACCUGGACAGCCUGCAAGAAACCCUCAGUGCCGCAUUUGUGAUCAAAGGAGCCGAGUUCCACAUCAACGACACCCGAUAACAAAUGCAAUUGAUGGCAAGAACACUUGGUGGCAAAGCCCUAGCAUCCAGAACGGAAUUGAGUAUCAUUAUGUGACCAUUACGUUGGACCUCCAACAGAUUUUCCAGAUAGCAUAUGUUAUUGUGAAAGCAGCUAACUCCCCUCGUCCUGGGAACUGGAUAUUAGAGCGUUCACUGGAUGGAGUAGACUAUCAGCCAUGGCAGUACUAUGCUAUCACAGACAGCGAGUGUCUGACGCGCUACAACAUCUAUCCCCGGCCAGGAACCCCAUCCUACAUAAAAGAUGAUGAAGUCAUAUGCACUUCUUAUUAUUCCAAAAUCCAUCCUCUGGAAAAUGGAGAGAUUCACACUUCUCUAAUUAAUGGACGACCCAGCGCUGAUGAUCCAUCACGUGAAUUACUGGAAUUCACCUCUGCUCGCUUUAUUCGCCUGAGAUUCCAGAGGAUACGGACACUAAAUGCUGAUCUAAUGAUGUUUGCACACAAAGAUCCAGCUGAAAUUGAUCCCAUUGUUACAAGGAGGUAUUACUAUUCUAUAAAAGACAUCUCCGUUGGAGGCAUGUGUAUAUGUUCAGGCCAUGCGAAGGCUUGUCCACUGGAUCCAGUGACCAAUAAAUCCGUCUGUCAGUGUGAGCACAACACAUGCGGAGAGACAUGUGAUCAGUGUUGUCCUGGUUUCCAUCAAAAGCCGUGGCAUGCUGGCACUCUCCUGCAUAAGCAUGAAUGUGAACCAUGCAACUGUCACGGGAAGACUGAGGAGUGUUACUACGAUCAGGGUGUGGCAGACAGAAAUGAGAGUUUGAAUAUCCACGGGGAGUACCUCGGGGGCGGAGUGUGUGUGAAUUGCUCAGGCUACACCAGUGGCAUAAACUGCGAGACCUGUCUGGACGGCUACUUCAGACCAAAAGGGGUAUUGCCAGAUAACCCAGAUCCCUGUCAGCCAUGUUCCUGUGAUCCAAAUGGGUCUUUAAAUGAUACUUGUGUCAAGGAUGAGAAACAUGUGGAAGGAGAUUUGUUGCCUGGUUUCUGUCACUGCAAGACUGGCUAUGCAGGAGAAAGCUGUGAUCGCUGUGCCUUGGGUUAUACAGGAUAUCCUGACUGCCUGCCCUGCAACUGCUCCCUUGAGGGCAGUGAAAAUGAUGAUCCUUGCAUAGGUCCCUGCAUCUGCAAGGAACAUGUUGAAGGAGAAAACUGUGACCGUUGCAAACCAGGCUUCUUCAAUCUUCAGCAAAAUAAUCCUGAAGGCUGUGAGGAGUGUUUCUGCUCUGGGAAAACAAACAUCUGCACACACUCUGCCUUUACCUACAGAAGUAUAGAAGACAUGAAUGGUUGGUAUCUGACUGACUUACCAGGUCUCAUCAGAGUUAUCCCCAUGGAAGAGAGAUUUGAUGGGCGUCAGCAGCUUAGCAUCAGCAAUGUGGCUGCGCAAAAAGUACUUCCACAGCUUUACUAUUGGAGCGCACCCAGUUCUUAUUUGGGCAACAAAGGACGUGAUUUGAAAAUCAGCACUCCAAAAGGGAUAAUUCACCUGAAGCCUUCUGAAGAGCACACUGAAGAAGUUGUGUUGAAACCAGAAUCUUUCUCAGUGCAUGGCACCGAUGUUCCAGUCAGCAGGAGGGAGUUCAUGACUAUCCUUGCAAACGUGAAGAGGAUCCUCAUAAGAGCCACAUACAGCAAUGGGAUGAAUGCCAUCUACAGACUAAGAAGUGUUAUUAUGGAAGCUGCUGACCACACUUCAAGGGGGAAAAGGGUAGCAUCUGCAGUGGAGUUGUGUGAAUGUCCUCCAGGCUAUGAUGGUACCUCCUGUGAGUCAUGCUGGCCUCGACACCGGCGUGUGAAUGGCACAAUCUUUGGAGGAGUCUGUGCACCCUGCACGUGCUUUGGUCAUGCAGAUGAGUGUGAUGACAUCACAGGAGCAUGCCUGAACUGCAAACACAACACAGGUGGUGCAUAUUGUGAUAGAUGCCUGCCUGGCUUCUAUGGUGAUGCAACUAAGGGGACAGCUGAAGACUGUCAGUUGUGUGCUUGCCCCCUAAAUAUACCUUCUAACAACUUUAGCCCAACGUGUCAUUUUGACCGACAUCGUGGAUUAAUGUGUGAUGAAUGCCCAGCUGGCUAUGUGGGACCACGCUGUGAAAGGUGUGCAGAAGGCUAUUUCGGACAACCUCUAAUACCAGGGGGAUCAUGCCAGCCAUGCCAGUGUAAUGACAACCUUGACUUCUCUGUUCCUGGCAGCUGUGACAGCUUGUCUGGUGCUUGUCUGAUAUGUAAGCCAGGUACAACAGGCCAAUAUUGUGAGAGGUGUGCUGAUGGAUAUUUUGGUGAUGCUCUUCAUGCAAGAAACUGUCAACCCUGCCACUGUCACAUGAAUGGCUCCUUCUCAGAGAUCUGUGACUCUCGGACGGGCCAGUGCAAGUGUAAAGCCAACGUCAUCGGGCGCCGCUGUGACAUCUGCAAACCUGGAACAUUUGGCCUACAGUCUCCCCAAGGAUGUGUUCCCUGCAACUGCAACUCGUUUGGUUCCAAGUCCUUCGAUUGCGAUGGAGACGGACAGUGCUAUUGCCAGCCUGGAGUGACGGGGAAGAAGUGUGACCGCUGUGCACAUGGGUUUUACAACUUUGAAGAAGGAGGCUGCACUCCCUGUGAGUGUUCGCGUUUUGGCAAUAACUGUGAUCCCAUCAGUGGACGCUGUAUCUGCCCUCCCAAUACUGUUGGAGAGAUGUGUGACAAAUGUGCGCCAAAUCACUGGGGCCAUAACAUUGUCAGUGGCUGCAAGCCCUGUGAGUGCAGCCUUAUUGGAGCCCUAAGUUCUCAGUGUGACUUAAAUACAGGCUGUUGCUUCUGCCGCCCUGAAUUCUCUGGGGACAAAUGCUCUGAGUGCAGGUUGGGCUACUGGAAUUACCCACAUUGUGUCGCUUGUCAGUGCUUCCCGGCUGGGACAGAUCCACAGAGCUGUGAUACAGAGGGGAAGUGCUCAUGCAUUGAUCAUUCUGGCCAAUGCAGCUGCAAGGUUAAUGUGGAAGGUGUCCACUGUGACAGGUGCAAGUCUGGCACAUUUGGUCUCUCUGCCAGAAACCCACUUGGCUGCAGCAGUUGCUAUUGCUUUGGCCUGACUACACAGUGCAGCGAGGCAAGGGGGCUGAUCCGCGUGUGGGUGACCUUGAAGCCAGAGCAAAUGAUUCUGCCACUGGUGGAUGAAAAGCUUCAGCGUAGCACUCUUUCAGGGAUUGCAUUCCAGCCUCCUGAAAUAGUAGCAAAUAUAGAACAGGUGAUGCAGGAUCUUCGGUCAGAACCUGUUUACUGGAGGCUUCCAGAGCAAUUUGAGGGACGAAAGCUGACCGCUUAUGGAGGGAAACUGAAAUACGCCAUCUAUUUUGAAGCGCGAGAAGAGACAGGUUUUACUACUUACUUCCCACAAGUCAUCAUAAGAGGUGGGCCUCCCACAAAUACGAGAAUUAUUGUCCGGCAUAUGGCUGCCCCUCUGAUUGGCCAGCUUACAAGGCAUGAGAUAGAGAUGACAGAGCAUGAAUGGGAAUAUUAUGGUGAUGACCAAAGAGGCAGAAACCCUGUUCCCUGGGAAUAUUAUCAUGGUAACCCAGGUCUCAACAGGACGUCUCAGGCAGAUUUCACCUGGAAACCUUAUGGAGAUGACUCAAGACCAAGCAGAACUGUAUCCCGGGAAGACUUCAUGAAUGUGUUGUAUGAUGUUCAUUACAUUCUUAUCAAGGCGACUCAUGGCAAUAUCAUGAGACAGAGCAGGAUUUCUGAGAUCUCACUGGAAGUUGCUGAAAGCGGCCCUGUAUCUGGGAUGGCUCCUCAGGCUUACUUGAUAGAGAAAUGUGACUGCCCUCUGGGUUACUCUGGUCUGUCCUGUGAGUCAUGCUCUCCAGGAUUUUAUAGGCUUCCAUCUCCACCUGUGGGAGGGACACCUGCUCAGUCCUUAGGCACUUGUGCUGUAUGUCAGUGUCAUGGACACAGCACUAUGUGUGACUCUGAAACAUCAAUUUGUCAGGACUGCCAGCACAAUACUGCUGGUCACCACUGUGAGAGGUGUGCACCGGGAUUUUACGGCAUUGUCCAAGGCAAUCCAGAUGACUGUCGGCCCUGUGCUUGUCCCCUACCCAUUUCUAGUAACAACUUUAGCCCUACUUGUGUUGCUGAAGGACCUAGUGACUACCGGUGUACUGCCUGCCCACCUGGAUAUGAAGGCCAGUACUGCCAAAGAUGUUCUUCUGGCUACACAGGAAACCCACAGAUUCCCGGAGGGUCCUGCCAGGCAUGUGAGUGUGAUCCCUAUGGUUCCGUGCCCGUGCCCUGUGACCCUGUCAGUGGGCAGUGCACUUGCAAGCCUGGAUUCACGGGGUGGAAGUGUGCUGGCUGUGAGCAUCGGCAUGCGCGUCACGGCACCCAAUGCCUUUCUUGUGAUGAUGAAUGCACAGGACUCCUUCUCAAUGACCUGGAUCGGCUAAACCAGAUGAUCCUGAGUGUUAACCUUAGUGGUCCACUGCCUGCUCCAUAUAAAAUGUUACACGGUUUUGAGAACAUGACACAGGAAUUAAAGCAUUUGCUUUCACCUCAGAGAGCACCAGAGAGGUUUCUUCAGCUAGCACGAGAAAAUCUGGAUACCUUGGUGACAGAAAUGGAUGAACUACUGACAAGAGCUACCAAGGUGACAGCAGAUGGUGAGCAGACCAGGCAGGAUGCCGAGAGGACUAAUGACAGAGCGAAAUCUCUUGGACAGUUCGUCAAAGGCAUUCUUCAAGCUGCUGAAGCUGCAAAUGAAGAUGCUAUAAAACUGAAUGAGACACUCAGAACUCAAGACAAGAUGUUGGAGAAGAGUCUUCCAGAACUGCAGAGUGAGGUUGAAGCCAUGGUCACGGAGAUGAGAAAUAGAGACCUCAGUAUGCAAGAAAAAAUAGCUCAAGAUGAGUUAAAGAAUGCUGGAGAUCUUUUGGACAAGGUGAAGAAAUUAUUUGGUGAGCCCAGUAAGAAAAAUGAGGAUCUCAAAAAUGAGGUCCGGGACAAGCUAGCAAACUACCAGAGCAAAGUUGAUGAUGCUCAAGAUCUGCUAAGAGAGGCUGCAAGUAAAAUUUGGGAGGCAGAUCGUUUAUCUGCAGUCAACCAAAAAAAUAUGACCAUGCUGGAGAAAAGGAAGCAAGCUGUAGAAGAUGGCAGACAAGAUGUUGAAAAGGCCCUUCAGGAAGGGAAUGAUAUUCUUAAUGAAGCCACUAAACUUGCAAAUAACAUCAGCAUAGCUGUAGAGUAUGUAGAAGGCGUUGCAGAUAAGAUACAGCCAAUGUCUGAUCAGCUGAAAGAUAAAAUAGAUGACUUAUCACAAGAAAUUCGUGACAGGAUGCUUCCAGAAAAGGUGUUGCAAGCUGAGAACCACGCGGGCCAGCUGAAUGAAUCAUCUGCAGUGCUGGAUGGAAUCCUUAUUGAAGCCAAAAACCUCUCUUUCAAUGCCACACGUGCUUUCAAUGCUUACACUAACAUCAAGGAUUACACAGAGGAAGCUGAAAGGGUUGCCAAGGAGGCCAAGGCUCUUGCAAAUGAAGCCAUGCAAUCGACAUCUGAUCCUCAAGGAUCACUGAAGGAUGGUGCCAGGAGCUCUCUUCAGAAAAGCUUCAGGGUCCUUAACAGAGCCAAGACCUUAGAAAGUGAUGUUAAAGAAAAGGAUGAUAAUCUGGACACCACACAAAAUAGGCUGAAAGAUGCUGAUGAGAAGAAUUCCAUUCUCUUGAGAGCAUUGAAUGAAACCUUAGGAAAGCUGUCAGCCAUUCCUAAUGAUACAGCUAUAAAGAUACAGGCAGCCAAAGACAAAGCAAGACAAGCCAACGAUACUGCAAAUGAUGUCCUGGCCCAAAUUAAAGAUCUCAAUCGGAACCUCCUGGGCUUGAGAAAAAACUACAGUAAACUUACAGACGAUGUGGCCAAAACAAAUGCAGUUGUGAAGGAUCCAGUCAAGAACAAAAUCUUUGCUGAUGCAGAUUCCAGUAUUAAAAACCUAGAAAAGGAAGCUGAUCGCCUGCUAGAUAAAAUCAAGCCAAUCAAAGAACUCCAGGAUAACUUAGGGAAAAACAUUUCUCAGAUAAAAGAGCUGAUAAACCAAGCUCGGAAGCAAGCCAAUUCGAUCAAAGUGUCUGUGUCCUCUGGAGGCAAUUGUAUUCGCACAUACAGACCAGAAAUAAAGAAGGGAACGUACAACACCGUCAUUGUCAAUGUGAAGACUGUUGUUGCUGACAAUCUGCUUUUUUACCUUGGAAGUGCCAAGUUUACUGACUUCUUGGCCAUAGAGAUGCGCAAAGGCAAGGUGAGCUUCCUGUGGGAUGUGGGAUCUGGAGUUGGAAGGGUAGAAUAUCCAGAUCUGACCAUUAAUGAUGGCUUUUGGUACCGGAUUGAAGCCUCUAGGACUGGGAAAAAUGGCUCAAUAUCAGUGCGAGCUCUGGAUGGUCCUAAAGCCAGCAUCGUGCCAGCCACAUUCAGUGCUGUCUCUCCACCUGGAUAUACCAUUCUGGAUGUGGAUGUUAAUGCUGUGCUCUUUGUUGGUGGUUUAACAGAAAAAAUUAAGAAGUCAGAUGCUGUAAGAGUCACCACCUUCACUGGCUGCAUGGGUGAAACCUUUCUAGACAGCAAACCCAUUGGACUCUGGAAUUUCAGGGAUAUUGAAGGAGACUGCAAAGGGUGUGCUGUCAGCCCACAGGUGGCAGACGGUGAAGGAACGGUGCAGUUUGAUGGUGAGAGCUAUGCCAUGGUGAGCCGCCCAAUCCGCUGGAACCCCAAUAUUUCCACUGUCAUGUUCAAGUUCAGGACCUUCUCAUCAAAUGCUCUGCUGAUGUAUCUUGCUACUGAUGACUUGAAGGACUUCAUGAGUGUAGAACUCAGUGGUGGGCGUAUAAAAGUCAGCUAUGAUCUGGGUUCAGGUACAGCUUCAGUUAUCAGCAACCAAAAUCAUAAUGAUGGCAAAUGGAAAGCUUUCACCCUGUCAAGAAUUCAAAAGCAAGCCAACAUAUCAAUUGUAGACAUAGACACCAAUGAAGAAGAAAUCAUAGCAACAACUUCUACAGGCAGCCACUUUGGACUCAACUUAAAAGGGCAUGAGAAAAUAUAUUUUGGGGGAUUGCCAACCCUGAGAAAUCUAAGCAUGAAAGCAAGGCCUGAAGUGAACUUAGAGAAAUACACAGGUUGCCUCAAAGACAUUGAAAUUUCAAGGACACCUUAUAAUAUAUUGAGCAGUCCUGACUUUGUUGGUCUAACCAAAGGAUGCACACUAGAGAACAUUCAUACAGUCAGCUUCUCCAAGCCAGGUUUUGUGGAACUGCAGCCAGUCUCCUUUGACGUGGGCACAGAAAUCAAUCUGUCCUUCAGCACCAGGAAUGAGUCUGGGAUCAUCUUGUUUGGCACAAGUGGCACAAUUGUCCUCCCCAGGAGAAAGCGCAGGCACUCUGCAAGGAAAGCUGCUCCUCUAAGGAGAAAGCGCAGGCAGACAGGACAGGCCUACUAUGCUGUGUUCCUGAACAGAGGUCGGCUGGAAGUGCACAUCUCCACUGGGAUCCGGGAUCCCCACAGAAUCACCAUCAGACCAGAGGCUGGCGAGUUUCACGAUGGCAGAGCGCAUUCCAUCCGGAUAGAACGAGCUAGAGGGAUGUUCAGUGUUCAAGUUGAUGAAGACAAAGUCCAGACUCAGAGGUUGCCAUCAGACCUGCCCAUCUCUGUUAAGAAACUCUUUGUGGGGGGUACUUCUUCUCAGUUUCAGAUUGCACCUCUCAGAAACAUACCACCAUUUGAGGGCUGUAUAUGGAAUCUUGUCAUUAAUGCCAUCCCCAUGGACUUUGCUCAGCCCGUGUCCUUUGAAAAUGCAGAUAUUGGCCGAUGUCCCACACUAGAACCAGAAGUUAGGCAACCUGAGGAUGAAGAUAAACCAACCAGUGCAACAGUUCUGGUCCAACCUGAACCAGACACUAAUGGGGAGAAAGAAGGGCCAAGAAUCCCUCCUGCUUCUCCUCCUCCAACACCAUCUCUAUUGGCAGCGCUUGGCUCGCUUGCCGCUGAAACGAAGAGCGCCAGCCUUACUUCUGCCUUUGACUCCGUGACGGAUUCCUGUGCUGCUGACACAGAACCAGCCAUUUUAGAAGGUGGCAAGCAGUUUGGUCUUUCAAGGAACAGCCACAUUGCAGUUGCAUUUGAUGACACAAAAGUGAAAAACAGGCUUACAAUUGAAUUUGAAGUCCGAACAACAGCUGAUUCUGGCUUGCUGUUUUAUAUGGCCCGCAUCAACCACGCUGAUUUCGCUACAGUUCAAAUAAAGAAUGGUCUGCCUUACUUCAGUUAUGAUCUAGGGAGUGGAAACACCAGCACAGUGAUUUCCAGCAAAAUAAAUGAUGGCCAGUGGCACCAGAUAAAAGUAAGUCGAAUGAAGCAAGAAGGAAACCUCAUGGUAGAUGGAGUUUCCAACAGGACUGUGAGCCCCAAGAAGGCCGAUAUACUGGAUGUUGUAGGAAUGCUGUACGUGGGAGGAUUGCCCAUUAACUACACAACCAGGAGAAUUGGUCCAGUCCUCCAUAGCAUUGAUGGCUGCAUCAGGAAUUUUAAAAUGACAGAAUCACCUGUUGACCUGGAUAAUCCAACUUCCAGCUUCAAUGUUGGGAAAUGUUUUGUCACUGCACAGAAGGGAACGUACUUCGAUGGAACAGGCUUUGCCAAAGCAGUUGGUGCAUACAGAGUGGGAACAGAUCUGCUCGUGGAAUUUGAAUUCCGUACAACACGAAUGAACGGUGUUCUCCUAGGAGUCAGCAGCCAGAAAAUGGAUGGGCUUGGCAUUGAAUUAGUUGGUGGAAAAGUGAUGUUUCACGUUGACAAUGGUGCAGGCCGAUUCUCUGCUGUCUAUGAGCCUGAUGCACCAGGCAGUUUGUGUGAUGGACAGUGGCACAAGGUUCUUGCCAACAAGAUCAAACACCGCUUGGAGCUGACUGUGGAUGGCAGACAGGUGGAGACCGACAGCCCAAACAGGGCCUCGACCUCGGCGGACACAAACGACCCUCUCUUUGUUGGAGGCUAUCCUGAUGGUGUUACCCAGUUUGGGCUGACGACUAAUAUCCGUUUCAAAGGAUGUAUUCGAUUUCUGAAGCUCACCAAGGGUACUGCAAAACCUCAAGAGAUUAACUUUAGCAAAGCUUUGGAGCUGAAGGGUGUCCAGCCAGUGUCAUGCCCUGCAGACUGAUGGUUGCUCAGCCAGAAUGGGUCUGUUUAUAUAAGCACCUCAGAUUGAAAGAAAAAAAUCUAUAUCCUCAUUGCAUUCAUAAUAAAAUGUCUUUGUGCAAGUA